CAAAGGGUUAAGACGACGGAAAAGCAAAAGAAAUGGACGUGAAAAGUUUCGUUGUGUUAUUGUUCUGGCUGACGAUGACGAUUGCUCACGGACCACCUCGGGACCGCGACAACGAGGAUAUUGUUAUGGGACGCAAGAUGGGUGCGAAAUGGUGCAGUAUGGCGAAGGUAUGCAACCACGACCGCGUGCCCGUGUGCGGAGUCAGCCACGCGGGCGACAUCAUGGGCUUCAGGGACCUUUGCGAUAUGUUUGACUUUAAUUGCAUUAGACGACGAAAUUACAAGCAAACGGCUUGUCCCGAAGAUAAAUCAAUACUGAGCGUGUCGCGCCGGCCCACAAACAGUUACUAUGAUGAUUAAAAUAUAAACAUGUAUACUUUAUGUUAUCUACGAUUUAUGUUAUCCUUUAUGUUUUCCUACUUAAGUUAUGAAAAUCACUAUUUACUUUAUUGUAUUAAAUUUGUAUUUUAUUAAAAGUAUUUUAAUCCAAUUGUAUACUGUUUUAACUUGUACCUUUUUGUUUUA